GUGUGCUCGUCCGAUCUCUGAAAAUUCUCAUUAGCUAUCAGCAUGGCACUACUCUCCCCACUUACCUUGAACGCACAAAACCAUAACUCUUUCCUUAGCAAACCAUACUUGCCGUCUCUCUCAUCGAGAGCUACUACCAGAAUCCCUCUUCACAUCAAGAGGAGGUCCCUUCCUCUUUUCCGAACGCAAUGCUCGGCUAAGGGAGGAGAUGAACUUAGGUCUGGUAGUACGGCUAGCGUUAAGCCUCAGCCUUUGAUCAUUAAGUCCGACGAAGUAAAGAGGUCCGACUUCCCUCCACCUCCUCAGUUCCUCUUUGGGGCUGCUACUGCAGCAUACCAGAUUGAAGGAGCAUGGGAUCAAGAUGGGAGAGGACCGAGCAUAUGGGACCACUUCACCCAGAACCACGAAGAUAAAAUCAGUGACAAGUCCACGGGAAAUGUAGCUCUUGAUCACUACAAUAACUACAAAGACGACAUCAAAAUAAUGAAGGAGAUGGGCUUCGAAACAUAUCGCUUUUCCAUUUCUUGGUCUCGAAUAUUACCAGAAGGAACAAUAGAAGGCGGAAUAAAUCCCGCUGGAGUGGCCUUCUACAACAAUGUCAUAAAUGAAUUAUUAGCCAAUGGCAUUACGCCUUUUGUGACUCUUUUCCAUUGGGAUGCUCCGCUGGCUUUGGAGAAGAAAUAUAAUGGUUUCAGAGACAAACGAAUUGUCAAGGAUUUUGUGGAUUUUGCAAAAAUAUGUUUCAUUGAGUUUGGUGGUAGGGUUAAAAAUUGGUCAACAAUCAACGAGCCAUGGUCUUUUGCUACUCAUGGAUACAGUCUUGGGUGGCAUGCACCAUCGAGGGGCGUUGAAGGUGUUGAAUUUGGGAACCCAUUGACGGAACCAUAUAUUGUCACGCACAACCUUAUUCUUGCUCAUGCAGCUGUUGUCCAGCUUUAUAGGGACCACUUUCAGGCCAUACAAAGAGGACAAAUUGGCAUUGUAAUUAAUAGUAUAUUUUUCAAGGAAUACUCAGACUCGGAGGCUGAUAAAAAAGCUGCUAAGAGAGGGAAUGAUUUUGUUCUUGGCUGGUAUAUGGAUCCAUUCGUACAUGGAGAUUAUCCAAAAACAAUGAAGGAUAUCCUCGGAGACAGACUUCCACGAUUUACAGAAGAAGAGAAGAAAGCCAUUAAGGGCUCUUAUGACUAUUUCGGGAUUAAUUAUUACACUUCCAGUUAUGCAAAAGACAAGCCAACGUCGGGUCAAGAUUUCACUUACUUUGAUGAUAUGCAAAUAUCGCAAGAAACAAAGAAUAUUUUUGGUGAACCUAUUGGAGAACUGCAUGGUUCUUGGAUUUACGUACACCCUGAAGGAAUUAGAGAACUAUUGAUAUAUAUCAAAGAAAAUUAUAACAACCCCAACAUCUACAUUACUGAAAAUGGAACUGCUGAGAUUGACAAUCCAGAAAUAAGCAAGGAAGAAGCACUUAAGGAUGAGAAGAGAAUUGAAUAUUUGCAAUCUCAUAUUCAAAAUGUGCAUCUUGCAACAUUGGUAGACAAUGUUAACGUGAAAGGGUACUAUGUUUGGUCGCUGGCAGAUAAUUUUGAGUGGCAAAAAGGAUACACCGAAAGAUUUGGGCUUGUUUAUAUUGAUUAUGCUGAUGGGCUUAAACGUAUGCCCAAAAAAUCUGCAGGAUGGUACACCAAUUUCCUCAAGUCCUAAAUCACCUUGUAUGUGAUGACUCUCACCCUCAUGUUUUGUAGUCUUGUAUUUUACAUUUAAGGUUUGACAAUCUUCUUUAUUUGACUUUGAACAAGUCAGUCUAUGUAAUAUGAUAUGAUGCUAUAUGGUAAUAAAUCGGUGAGGUCAUUUGAGUCUUGAUGAGUUUGAA